GCCUGCGCCGUCGCCUCUUGCCGCCCAGCAGUUCAAUCUCGAGACACAUCCUCUCACGCACCACGCACCACGCACCACGCACCACGCACCACACUCCACGUUCCCUCUUCAACUCCUCCCAGUCCCGCUUAUGAUGACCCUUGUCGGCAAUGGCUCAUUCCUCGUACUUGCUGAUGAGCAUUCUCCAUCCGACCAUCGCCCAUCGCUCCACCUACAACCCUACAACCCUACGACCCUCCCACGGUAGCCUUCGUCUAGCCCUCUUAUCGUGCAGACCGGCUUAAACCCAACAAGUCAUAUCAUCCGCCUGCAGCACUCGCCCCCCCUCUAAUCUCAUCGAUGACCCUUGCCUGCCCCGAUACCAAUAACGUCGGCACGCUGCACGUCCAUCGUGUGCCCUGGCCGUCGCUUGUGGACGAAUGAAUCGAGCCCGUUGCUACUCGUGGCUCUCUCGCGCCUGCUUUUGGUAUUGUUCGCCCGUUGCCAGCUCCCAUUCAAGGCGUGUCGAUUGGAUCACUUGUCCCCUGCAAGCCAUCCGUCAGUUCCGUGCGACAAGCCUUUUUAUACCAUGGCCUGGGGCUUGUGGCCUGUUGCUUAGCCCAUGUCCGGCCACUGUCAAGCUUUGGCCAAUCGUCGAGCUGCCUUGGCUGUCGUCAAGAUCGUUCCUUAUUUUUCGGGUCGCCUCUCCGCUUCUCUACACAAGCUUCUAGUGCCACUUGGGUUUCCCAUAAAAACGCGGGUACCCUUCUUUUAACUUUUCUUUCCCCUUUGCCAACCUCAACUACUUAUCAACAACACCUCUUACUUCCAUCCUCCGCCAGCACAGCCCUGUGUCUCUGUGUUCUAUCCUUGGGUAUACCUCCAUUGAUUGAUACACCAUGGCUGGCAACGGAGAGGACGAGGUCACAAGAUAUGGGCCCAACCCCCCUCAUGGCCCCGAUGUCUCGGGCACUCACGCUCCCUUUGAGGACCCUCACAUCGACAUGACAACCAACGAGAAGGAGGUCUUCCGAUAUCUCCUGAAGCCCGACGACCUGUAUGACGAAAACGGCGUCUACUGGGCCGACCUCCCCAUCUUGAAGCGAGUCAAGUUCGUCAACAAGGUCAACCACCAGGAGACCAAGAGAGAGUUUGCCGCCUUCUGGCAGAUCUUCAAGAACGACCCCCUCGCUCCCGUCGGCUUCUACCUGCGCAACAUGGUUCUUCCCGGAGCUGGUCUCGGUCUCGAAGGUUACGUGCUCUUCUCCAUUGGCAACAUCAAGCCCCUCUUCCAAGCCGCCUUCCCGGACUGCUGGAAAUCCAACAAGAUCUGCAGCAAGACCUGGAUCAACGCCAUCGACUACCUCGAAAUCUGCGGUAUCAUCUGUGGUCAAAUCCUCGUCGGUAUCAUUGGUGACUGGAUCGGCCGUCGCUGGGGUCUGAUCCAGGAUGCCACCAUCAUGUUCAUCGGUCUCAUCAUGCUGGUCUGCGCCUGGGGUGUCACCCAGAACGGAUGGGUCAUCUGCUACGCCUGGUCUCUCUUCUUCUACGGCAUCGGUGUCGGUGGUGAAUAUCCCAUGACUGCCACCUCUGGUAUGGAGAACGCUGUCGGAUCCGGCAAAGUCUCGACUCGAGAGGAUCGUCUGCACCGAGGCCGCAAAGUCGUCAGCGCCUUCUUGAUGCAAGGUUGGGGUCAAUUUGCCAACCAGGUCAUCCUCAUCAUCCUGCUCUUGAUCUUCCACCACGGUAGUGGCAACGCCCCGUACUCCAAGGUCGCUGCUCAAUACACCUACCGUGUCUCCUUUGCCAUCCCGGCGGUUGGUACCGCCUGGCUGAUCUACUUCCGUACCUUCAAGGUCAAGGCCGGCGCCAACCGACAAUUGAGAAUCGCCAAGAAGAAGAACGCCGUCACCGGUUACGACGUCGAGUCGCUCAAGCUGACCUUCUACUACUUCGGUGGCCGUGUCAUCGCCACCGCUGGCACGUGGUACAUGAACGACGUCUUUUUCUACGGCAACAAGUUGUUCCAGAGCGAAUUCAUCAGCGUCAUCAUGCCUCACACCAAAUCCAUCAUGCCCGGCUGGUUGUACAACCUGAUCAACGUCGGUGUGUCGCUUUGCGGUUAUUACUUGGCCAGUUUCCUGGUUGACAACAAGCUCUACGGCCGCAAGCACAUGCAAUCCCUCGGGUUCUUGAUGGACUUCAUCUUCUUCAUCAUUCCCGGCACCCAGCUCUCGUACUACACUUCUCGUGACCACAUCAAGGAGUUCCAGACCAUGUACUUCUUGUCCUCGUUCUUCCAGCAAUUCGGCCCCAACUGUGUCACCUUCCUUGCCGCCGCCGAAGUCUACCCUGUCGCCGUCCGUGCCACCGCCCACGGUUUCUCCGCUGCCGUCGGUAAGUUGGGCGCUCUGACCGCCGCUGUCGGCUACAGCUACUGGUCCACCCAGACCAAAUUCUGGGUCGUCCCGUGGUUCGGUCUUGCCGGUGUCAUCAUCAACGUCCUUUUCAUGCCCGACACCACCGGCCUCGAUCUCAAGGAGCAGGAGCGCCGCUGGGCUUACAUCCGCGCCGGCCGCGAGAAGGACUACCACGGAAUUGCCAUCCACUCCAAGCAUCUCAGCUUGUGGGAGCGCCUCCGAGGCGUCGGCAAGCCCUAUGACGCCGAGCUCGACUUCAAGCAACGCAUCGAGGAGAUGCGUGGCGAGUGGGAGGCCCGCAUGCAAUCCAGAGUCGAGGAGAAGGAGCACGACGACCUUGCUCUGGCUGAGGACGACGACGACUUCCACUCCGAGGUCUCGUCUUACUUCAAGCGUUCGACCAAGUCCCCCAACCUUCAGGGCAUGGAGAACGAGAAGAUUCCUGAGGACCGGGGAUUGAACGGCGAGAAUGGCAUCUAAUGUUUUUGUUUGGGAUAUUUGGAAACAGGAGAUAUGCGACACUUAAAGGGGGAAGGCUCGUACAAGGCGGACGAUGUGGAACCCUGUGACAACCAAAGUCACUCUUUGCACCUUGGGGAGCAGCAAAAGCAGGAUAGACAUUCUUCGCGCUAAAGAACAAGCGUGUGUGUGUUGUGUUGUGUUGUGUUCUUUGCGGUGUGCUGUGGGAUGUUGUAACAGCAAAGACUGGAUGUUGUGGACAAUAUGCAUGCGUGUUGCUUUCUGAGAGAUAUACCCCCCUGGCCCGACCCAACCCAACCCAACCGACCACCAACCAAGCCACCCCGCUCGUAAUGUUUGUGACCACCCAUUCUCUUCUUUUCAUUUCAAUUGAUACCACGGCUCAACGCCCGAGAUAUAUAUACACUGGUACUGCUUCAAGGGGGUACUGAUAAUACAAAAGAUGAAAAAUCAGA